AUGGGCUGUACGCUGAGCGCCGAGGACAAGGCGGCGGUGGAGCGGAGUAAGAUGAUCGACCGGAACCUCCGCGAGGAUGGCGAGAAGGCGGCGCGCGAGGUCAAGCUGCUGCUGCUCGGUGCUGGUGAAUCUGGGAAAAGUACAAUUGUGAAGCAAAUGAAAAUUAUCCACGAAGCUGGUUAUUCAGAAGAGGAAUGUAAGCAGUACAAAGCAGUGGUCUACAGUAACACCAUCCAGUCAAUUAUCGCUAUCAUUAGGGCCAUGGGGAGAUUGAAGAUUGACUUCGGUGACUCGGCCCGGGCGGAUGAUGCCCGCCAACUCUUUGUGCUUGCUGGUGCUGCAGAGGAAGGUUUUAUGACUGCAGAACUUGCUGGAGUUAUAAAGAGACUGUGGAAAGACAGUGGUGUACAAGCCUGCUUCAACAGAUCCCGAGAGUACCAGCUUAAUGAUUCUGCAGCAUACUAUUUGAAUGAUUUGGACAGAAUUGCACAACCAAAUUAUAUUCCAACUCAACAAGAUGUUCUCAGAACUCGAGUGAAAACCACAGGAAUUGUUGAGACCCAUUUUACUUUCAAAGAUCUUCAUUUUAAAAUGUUUGAUGUGGGAGGACAGAGAUCUGAGCGGAAGAAAUGGAUUCAUUGCUUCGAAGGAGUGACCGCCAUCAUCUUCUGUGUGGCGCUGAGUGACUAUGACCUGGUUCUAGCUGAAGAUGAAGAAAUGAACCGAAUGCAUGAAAGCAUGAAGUUAUUCGACAGCAUAUGUAACAACAAAUGGUUUACAGAUACAUCUAUUAUACUUUUUCUGAACAAGAAGGAUCUCUUUGAAGAAAAAAUCAAGAAGAGCCCUCUCACUAUAUGCUAUCCAGAAUAUGCAGGCUCAAACACAUAUGAAGAGGCAGCUGCAUAUAUUCAGUGUCAGUUUGAAGACCUCAAUAAGAGAAAGGACACAAAGGAAAUAUACACCCACUUCACGUGUGCCACAGAUACCAAGAACGUGCAGUUUGUCUUUGAUGCCGUAACAGAUGUCAUCAUAAAAAACAAUCUAAAAGAUUGUGGUCUCUUCUGA